AUGAGGGAUGCCCAAAUCCGAUACCCAAAGGUUGAAAGAGCGUGCCUAGCAUUGGUUCACGCAAUUCAGAGAUUCAGGCAUUAUAUUCUAUCAAACAGAGUUGUGUUGGUGGCCAAAGCUGAUCCUAUAAAGUUCUUACUGUUGAAGCCUGCUUUGAUUGGAAGACUCGCAAAGUGGCUACUUCAGAUGUCAGAGUUUGACAUAGCAUGUGUCCUGCCUAAAGAAAUCAAGGGACAAGCAAUUGCAGACUUACUUGAUGCUUUCCCUGGAGAAGACAUCACGAUGUUGCAUGAAGAAAUGCCCGUAUCUCCAUCUGGUGAAGUUUUCUCACUUUCAUUCAAGCUGGACUUCCACUGCACCAACAAUUCGGCAGAAUAUGAAGCUUUCCUCCUGGGGUUAUCUUUGGCCAAGCAAGCAGAAGCAAUGCAUCUGGAGAUAAGAGGAGUUUCAAAGUUGCUGGUCAAUAACAUGAAUGGUGUGUGCUCUCUCAAGGAAGUAACACUCGCUCCAUUCAGAUCCGGAGCACAAAGAUUAUUAGCUCAUUUUUCUGAUGCAACAAUUGUGCAUACUGGCCGCACCAACAACAGACACGCUGACUGCCUGGAGAUUCUUGCGUCUAAGCUGCAGUUUGAAGGGUCAGAGAAAGCCAUCGUUGUGCAAAGACGUUCUGUAUCAUCUACCUGGCUUACUCAAGUUGAAGAUGCUCAAUCGAGCGACUGGUGGGCACCCAUUAUUCAUGAAUUGGGCAGUUCUCUUACAAAAGGAAAAAUCAGCCUCAAGGAGUUGAAGAACUUUUUUCUGCUACAUUGA